AUGGGAAUGUCCGCUAUGUUGCUCGUCUCAUCUGAUAUAUGUAUGCUGGUGAAUCAAAUUCCAUUAUGGAUCAUCUCCUUAAUAUACCCUGAUCAACACCAAUCAUUGUUGUGCGAGUACUUGAGCUACCGUGUUUAUGGGGAUUACAGGAUGACACAACUCCCAUGGGCACAAGGAGAAGAGCCUCGUCACCUGCUCGAAGCUUUGCGCCGCACCUUCCUUCGCACCGUUGAGACCCAACAAAAUCCAAGUCUCAUUCGGCAGAGAGAUAAUCAACCGAGAGAAAUCACAAGAAGUGCGCGGACAAAGAUGGAUAGUCUUUUUCGGUCGGUGACAGAUCUGAAAGCAAAGGGUAUUUAUCUCCAGCGGAGUUCAAAUUGUUUGACGGACAUCAGCUUUUCCUCCUUCGGCUUCUUUGCUCAACUACGCCUUCCUAUCUUCUGGGUCAACGAAGAAAGCAAAGUUUUAUUCUCCAAUCUUAUUUUAUUUGAGAUGUCGCCGGGCGUAGAAACAGACUUUGGGGUGACAUCUUACUUCAAUUUCAUGAAAACGCUGAUCAACAAUGCUAAUGAUGUAAAGGUGAUGCGGGAGAAAGGCAUACUGUGCAGCACGUUGGAGAACGAUGAAGAGGUGCUUGAUAUAUUUAAAAGCAUCAGUACUUAUGGAUCCUCAAGCACUGGUCUUGGUCAUUUUAAUGAAGUGAAGAUGAGGAUUGAUAAGUACUGCAACAAUAAAGCUAGAAUAUGGAUGGCUGAACUCAUCAAUACCUAUUUUCGAAGCCCUUGGGCUGUUAUAGCUUUUCUUGCGGCAGCUUUUCUGCUUUGCCUCACUGUCGUUACUGUUUGUAAUGUAACUUAUGCUGGAAGUCAAACUUAG